AUGCAUGGAGACGGGCGAGAGGCAGUUCAGCCCCGUCAAUUAGAGGGACCCUGGACGACCAAGAGACUUCUCACUAGCCUUCUCGAUUUGACCCUUGCUGCUGGCGCUCUCCUCUUUGUUCUGUUCGGGGGACUCAUCUACAUGAGUGACGGUUCUACGUCCGCGCCAGGCUCGACGGGUAAAGUCCUCUUGGAUAUUGCCAAAUAUGGACCAACUGUGUUUCCCGUCCUCUUCGCCGCCAUCGUCGGUGGCGCGCUGAAGACAUUUGCAACCUGGCAUGUGCAGAAUGGUACUCAGGUAGGAGUGAUCGAGCAACUUGUCGGAAGCCAUACUGUAACUGGAGCUCUCUUCACGCAAGCCCGGCUCAAGGCAUUCAACUUGCUCGCUGUCAGAAUUGUGCUGUUGUGGUGCCUGUCGCCUCUGGGGAGCCAGGCUGCUCUGCGGGCGAUAAGUGCCGACCAUGUGUUUCGCAAUGAGACAGACAACCUGACGGUGAUGGAGUCGUUUGCUCCGUUCAGAUAUUUUGCAGGGGGGUCCUCGGGUGGAUUUGUUAGAACGAGGUUGGUCCCGUCCUUCAUCGCCUCUAUGCUCUCUGCGCGGUUACUACAGGAUAGAAACCAGGACAUUUGGGGAAACAUUCGCGUCCCGUUGAUCGAGAGGCUCCCCAAUAGAGCCCCAGAUACGGACUGGAUCGACUUGUCGGGAGCUCAAGAGGUGAUCUACUCUUCGCUUGUUGGGAUCCCUGUGGCGUCGCUUCCCAGUAACGGGAAUCAUACAUUCACCAUUUCGGCAUCAUACGUCAAUGUCGAAUGCCCUACCAUCAAGGUGCUGCCUGAGUACGAAUUUCCCACCACUGUGCCAGACUUCAACUCGAGCGAUGGGAGCAACUGCCAAUGGACCAUGCGUCAGGCCGAACAGACCUUGAGGGUCAGACUGUCUCAGCCGUGUCAGCGUAGCCAAGAAGAUGUGGUCAAGAGGUAUCGCGAAGGGAAAGAUCGUCCAGCCCGUGUAUUCAUAUGGGAGUCUCGCACCUUCGGAGAGGAAGGACACUCGUACGCUGAAUGCCACCUGUACACGACAUAUGUCGACAUUAAAAUGCAGUGCCAAGGCACCCUGUGCUCUCCAGCCUCGGUGCGCCGGUCACCGAACCCCGUCCGGCAUGGAAACUGGACGCUAUUCGACAUGGAAUCCAGUACUGUCCAGUCAGAAGCCUUCACAGCAAUCUUUGCCAGCAUGUUCCCGGGGUCAAACAACAGCGGCGGCCAGGUUCCGAUUGUCACGUACCUCCUCGAGCUUUUGAACGCCCUCUCAGUAGAAAACACGACUCAGCCCGCGGCGAUACCGCGAGAAAGAUUUGAGACCGGCCUGACGCAGAUGAUAAACUCGCAGCUCUUGCUGGGUAUCCGAGUGGAGGACGUGACGGGGAGCUUUACAGCGGAAAACCCAAGCAAUCUCUCCGUCAAUGUCGUUGAGAUGGAGACAUACACCCGGGUAGAGCUUGUCCAGUACAGCACGCCAUGGCUAGUUUUGCUGCUGGCAUCCUCUGUGGUCCUCUUUGCCGUUGCCAUGGCGGCCAUUGUCGUUCGCUUCAGGAUACUGGUCCCUGAAGUGUUGGGCUCGCUUGCGCUGGGCAUGCUGGACAAUCGAUGUGAAGAUACCAAGCACUCGUCCUUCAUGAGCGGCGAUGACAAAAUGGCCAAGAUGAAGAAGGUCAAGGUGAUGCUGGGCGAUGUUGAACCUCACGCUGAGAUUGGCCGAAUUGCAUUGGCGGCGCCGAUGGAGGAUGUGGUGGUUGGUAAGGUCCAGAAGGGCAAGUUUUACCUGUAG